AUGGUCUCGAGCUGCGGUGUGCUGGCCAUCCUUCGUUCCUCCGUCGUUCACCUCGCCAUCGAUCCUACGGACUCACAUCACAGGCACCCCUGUUGGUGACUCGGACACCGCGCUUGCGAUAGUCAUCACGAGGAUCAUGUUUGACCUUCCCCCCGAGCUAUGGGUCAAAGUCUUUCGCCUCACGUCGUCGAGUCAAGUCGGCAAAGACCCGCGCGGGUAUCCGUCUCUUCGCGGAAAACCGGACACCACCAAGCUUUCCAUAAUUCAAGUAUCACGGCGCUUUCAUGACCUGGGUCUCCAGGCCUUGUACGAGACCGUCGUACUCACUCGCGACAUGAUCCGCCAGCCUGACGGAUCGCACGAGCUGCGCCUCACCCAGCGUGGUCUGAGGCUGCUCGACGCUCUUGAACGCAACGUUGACCGCCGGGAAUGGGUACGGGAAAUCUAUGUCCGCGGUCCCGGGCGGUCCUUCGAAGGCGACAUCAUCGAUUACGCUUGCCAUGAUAUUGCCAAGUUCAUUCAAUACUGCGCCCGGUUGCGCACCCUCGUGCUGUUCUAUCAUAGUGUGCUACCCGCUUCCUUGACGACCAUCCUCGGAGCGAUCUGCUCCGUCCCAAGCCUUGAGCUGAGGCGUCUUUACCUCAAUGCUCGUCCGCACGUACGGGACACGGUAGCUGUUCUCCAACAUUGUCGGAACCUGAAUGCAUUGUCCAUCACGGAAUCUGUAGAUACCUUAUCCACGGGGGAAGCAGCAAACGUUUUGUCCCUUCCAAGGCUCAAGAGCUUAGCUUUCGGAACGGUCGAGCUGUGGGACCUCAACGAAGUGACCAAUGAUCACUUCAGAAUCUUCACGCACGCUGAUAUGCCGUCCCUGUGCCACCUCGAUGCGGAGGUCGAACGGGUGCAGCUUGCGAGCUUGGAAACCUUCUUUGCUUCCAUAUCGCCCCGAAUCACGUCCAUCACGGCCUCAGUUAACACCGGGAUGAGGCUGGACACGUUCUUCGAGGACUUUAUUAGCAAUUUCCCGUACCUCCGGGA